GAGAGGUGUGGGAACAGGAUGGAACAGGGGCAAGGAGAGACGCGCACACACGUGGAGGAAGAACCGGAGCGACGCUUUUAUUAAAGGGUUGGGGGACAUUUUUUAAAUUUAUUUAAAAUAACCCGAAAUCAUAACGAGAGCAGUCGGUUUGUCUCUUUGUGUGGAGGAUCAACAAUGCUCAGGUGACUGGAAAAAAAAGAAGUGCUCUUUGUUUAAGUACAAUAAAAAGUGGAGGGGGGAGAAAGAAGGCUCAUGGAGAACCCCUGGAGCCGGAGGAAGGGGACGCAGGCGGCGCGGUGGAAGCUGCUGAGGAACUCGCUGCUGCUGUGUUUACUCUCCGGUGGCAGUGAAGCCCAGUGUGAAGGCUGCAUGGAGUACUGCUGCGAUGGAUCGCCGCCUUUCUGCUGCUCCUACUACGCCUACGUGGGGGACGUCCUCUCGGGCACGGCCAUCUCCGGCAUCGUGUUCGGCGUGGUGUUCCUGAUGGGGGCAGUGGCGGCCCUGUUCCUGUGCGUGUGCAUGUGCAUGAAGAACGGACGGGGAGCGCGGGUCGGCGUGUUCAGCACCUCCUACAUCAACACCGUGACCCAGGGCUACCCAGGUCCUCCACCUCCAUACACCUACGACUACGAGAUGUACCCUCCGUCGCUGCACCCCCCGCCCUACACCCCAACUCAGCCCUGCCCGGCCAACUCCUCGCCUCCUCCCCCGUACCCGGGCUGCACCCGCAAGUGAAUCCCUGCAGCCCCGGAUUGUCUAGCGACCAGCUCAAAGCAAACUGUCAUGACUGUACAUCUCUGACCU